UAUUCGUUGAGUUACCAAAACUGGUUCCCAUAUAGUAAGGAUUUUCUUUUUUACCAAAACUGACUCCCAUAUAGUCAACACUUCGUUUCAAUAUAGUAAUCAUAUUAGUAAUUACGGCCAAGAUAUAUCAAAACUGCUUCCCAUAUAGUUAUCUUAUACCCAUAGACAGCUUUAAACCAUUAUGUAGCAAAUAAGUCAUUUUACGACAUUAUCCAUUUUUGAAUCCCCUCUAUCAUUGAAUAAUGAGAAAACGUCUCCCAUAUAACCUCCACCACCUAGCUAAGUCUGAAACGGUGCGAUGGUAAAUAUCACAUCUCAAAAGUCAUUUAGCUGUCAACAUUAGAAUAACUGUUUUCUUUUAAAAAAUUGACUGUCAUGAUAAGUUCUGUACGUAGUAAAGCCAUGGAGAAGAUUCUAGUCGUAGGAGCGGGGAUGACAGGGGCGUCAGUGGUUUCUUUACUGAGACAGGAGCUUCCAAAAUCAUCAUCUCUUACGUUGUGGGAUAAAAGCAACGGGAUAGGUGGACGUAUGUCAACAAGCCGUUCUAACAAGUGUAAAGGCAGCACUGUGGAUUUGGGGGCACAAUACAUAUCAGCCACUCCAGAAUACCAGCAAAAACAUGAACAGAUGUACACAGAACUACUAGAUGCAGCUAUUUUCAAGCAAAUAGAUGUGAAGUCAAUGGAAGGACACCAGGACAAACAACCUGGCAUAAAACAUUAUGUUGUGCCAAAUGGAAUAAGCUCCCUUGUGAAAUACUUUGUGAACAAAUCAGGAUCAACAGUAGAGAGAAGUCAUCAAAUCACCUCAGUGUCGAAGGAUGGAAAUGGGGUGAAAGUAACUACUGACCAGGGCUUAUCAGACACAUUUGAUGCUAUAGUUUUAACCAUGCCAGUUCCCCAGAUACUCCAACUGAAGGGUGACAUUCCUAGUUUGAUAGAUGGCAAGGGUAUUCGUAGCCAGCUAGAGGAAGUGAGCUACUCUUCUAGGUUUGCUGUUGGUCUCUACUUCACCCCAGACACUGUACUGGAUGUCCCCUGGGCAGCAAAGUAUAUCACUGGCAACCCCUGCGUACGAUAUGUGGCUAUAGACAGCAAAAAGAGAGGGAAUGUGUCCAGUGAUGUAGGUCCGUCUAUCUGUGUGCACACGUCAGCUCCCUGGGGCCUGGAACAUGUGGAGAUGGACAAGGAUGAAGCUGCACAGGAAAUACUUGCCCACCUCAAACAGGUGUUACCAUGGUUACCAGAGCCAGCCGAGGUCAAAGGGCACAAGUGGAGAUACUCGCAGGUGCACAAGGGUUACCAUGGGAGCCCAGGUUGUGUUGUUCUCAGUGAGAGCCCCGCCAUUCUUCUGGCCGGGGACGGGUUUACACACUCAAACUUUGACGGUUGUCUGGAAUCCUCCCUAGCUGUACACAAGACAUUAACUGGUUCACUACAGUCAAAAGUCUAAUCUGUUAUAUAACAUACCUACAGGGAUUUAAUCUUUAUACUGUAUUUGAUAAAAUAAAGUGAUAAAUGUCUUGAUAAAAUUUUGAUAUGCUGGAUCAUAUAUUUACUAUAUAAUGAAACAUGUUUGGUAAUAAAAAAGGCAACACAUCUCAGGGAAUUUUAGGAUUGUAAGUAAUUUAUUGACAUACAUUUUCAGUUUAAAUUAUAGUUUAUUAUACCCAUUUUCAAAUGACUGUGUAAAGCUGUGAAUUCCAUUGGUAUGCAUAUCAUCUGCCAUUUGUUAUUAAAUUGAAAUUCCUUUUACAAACAUUUUAUUUUUCUGUACAAUACAGAACCAAACCAAACAAUUAACUUGAACAUGAACUGAAAAUGUACAAACUCAAUUACCCAGGAUCAUGUGUGCUUAUACAUGGAUAUACCUUUUUUAAGAAUGCAAGUUUUGUCAAUUUUAUGCAUGUAGAAGCAAUAAGCAUAAAAUAGUUGUUUGUUGUAAUAUUACGGUAUAUAGGCUUUGAAUGCUGAAUCCAUGAAAAUGAUCUUUAGGUGAUUGCUCAUCUGUUUUUCAAAGAAAAAAGUCAGGGUGUUGACCCAGCCUUUUUGUGGUUGUGGUUGACAGCAUCAUUGUGAAACACUUGAACCUUGACUGUUACUCCUAAACAGCUGAAUAUAUUUAAAUUAAACUUGGUACACCUGUUGGCAGGUGUAUGGCAGAGACAAUAUGCACAUAUAUUUAGUAUGGCCCAUAACGCUGGCCGUAAUAAUGAUUUACUUAUAGCAUUAUUACUUUAAAAAGCGUUUGCAAAAUACCAAAUAUAUGCUUAAUGCAGCCAUGCGGAACAAAUGUUGGAAUUCCUGCAUUUUUGUCGAGCCCGCAUGCGGUGAAUGAGGCAUAGCUGUCACAAUGGUGGUUCUGUGUAUGUGCGUGCGUGUGACCAGACUGAACCGUAUUCAGGCUGUAUCUUGACCAGAAGCUUGAUGCAGUAUAGGAUUUAAAAAAAAAUUGCCAUGAAGUUUCACCAUGAUGAGGCAGAGUGCCGCACACAAGACCCACGUCUGUAUCUCACAGGUCAUAAUGACACUUGUCCGGGCUGUAUCUUUACCAUGCAUUAAACAAUUUAAAAAAAAAACUUGCCAUAGAGGUUCAUCAUGACGAGGCGUAGAGUCGCAGGUUCUACAUAUUGUUCUACUCCAUUUAAUUAUGUGUUACAAUUGCAUGGAAGAGCAUUAUGUUUGUGCCAAACGCUCUUUGAACGGGCUCGAAAUGUCACCAUUUGAAGGCUAGUUUACUUGCUGCUUUUAUUUGCGAUCUUUUUCAUAACUUGUUUUUGAAAUGUGUUAGUUUUGUUUUAUGUUUCUAACAAACAACAACAUUAUGUACGGAGUGAAAGUGGUGAAGGAACUUUACUCCAGUAAAUUGAUGAAACAUAAAAUUGGGCUAAAAUUACAUUUCCUGUAGGACUAAAUAAACAAUAGUCUGCAUUUUGAAAGAUAAUAAAUGGAAUUUAAUAA